GGGAACGUUGACUGUGGCGGACCAACAUGGCCGCGCUGUGGCGGGGGGCAGUCUUCCUCCGUUUGCUCCGGCGUAACAACCAGGUGCUGUGCAGGCGCUGCAAACCAAGCUGGAGGAGCGCGGCAGUGGCGGCGUCUGUGGCCGGCGGGCUGUGUGCUGUUCCCUUCGCUCAGGUUCCGAGUCUCACUCACGAGUCUCUGAUCAGGCGAGCGGCCUCGCUAGUGACGGACAGCUCCAGCACCUUCCUGUCGCAGACCACCUUAGCGCUCAUAGAUGCCAUCACCGAGUAUUCAAAGGCUGUGCAGACACUGGUCACGCUCCAAAAGCGCUACCUGGCCUCGCUGGGGAAGCUGAGCCAGGCGGAGGAGGACUCCGUCUGGCAGGUGAUGAUUGGCCAGCGAGCGGAGGUCAACGACAGACAAGAGGAGUGCAAGCGUUUCGAGGCGGUGUGGGUCAGCGCCCUCCGCUUGUGUGAAACGGCAGCGGAGGCGGCGUACACUUCAGGCGCGGAGCACGCGUCCAUCACCAUGCAGACCAACAUUCAGGUUGCCCGCUCCCAAGCCGAGGAGGCCAGAAAGUUUUCCAGAGACGCCGACAAGAAGCUGCUGGAGGCCAAAGCCCUGGAGGUCCAGGCAAGCGCCCAGCGCACCUCUGCUCUGGAGCAGAGCGAGGAGGACGUGCCCGAAGCGUACCUCAGGGAGGACUGAGGAGACGACCGCAAAAUGGGAUCGGAGAAUAACCAUUCAACUCUACUGGGCUGUGAAGGAACCGGUACGUGUCGAUGCAAAUCUGGAUUGCCUUGGUGGAGGUCUUUGGAAAUUUACGAGUUUCUUCAUCACAAUUGCUAACUUUCUUUAUGUUCUGACCUUUGCGGAGGUCUCUGCACUGUUUGUCAUAUUCAGCGAGUCUUUCUUGUCAACUUUGCUGUGAUUACUUUGUUCUUUUUGCCAACAUUUAAUUAAAGCACACUAAAGAUUU